AUGUUGAGUCUAUGGCGAGCCGCGACGGGCUCGGCUCAGGCCGGCCCCGAUGAUUACGACGGAGUGGAGUUUUGGGGCCCACCCGAGCGAGACGGCUGGCUGACUAAGCAGGGCGAGUACAUCAAGACCUGGCGGCGCCGAUGGUUUGUCCUGAAGCAGGGAAAACUGUUCUGGUUCAAGGAAUCGACGGUGACGCGCGCAUCCAGGCCACGUGGCGUCAUCCCCGUGGCCAGCUGCCUCACCGUCAAGGGCGCCGAUGAUGUGCUCAAUCGCCCCUUCGCGUUCGAGCUGUCAACCCGGACCGAGACGAUGUAUUUCAUAGCCGAUUCGGAGAAGGAGAAGGAAGAUUGGAUCAAUUCGAUUGGGAGAUCCAUCGUGCAGCACUCGAGGUCCAUCACUGAUGACGAAAUCCUCGACUAUGAUAGCCGGAAAUAA